AUGAAACAUCGAUUGCAAAUCCUACAAGAACAAUUGGAAUUGCGAAAAGGACAAGAUCCUCAUUUGGAUGUUUACAUGUGGAGACUUCAAAAAGUACACGGUCUCGAUCCCAGCGAAGUGCCAAUAUGCGAAGUGUCAAUUUCAUGCGAUAAUCUUUUAUGCGACGGUCACGGGAGACCACCAAAUCCAGUCGUUUUAGUCCACGUUUUUCUUCCAACCGAAAACGUUUGGAUAAAAUAUGCCAAAACGGAAGUCAUUACGAGAUGUAGCAAUCCGUGCUUUUUAACUACGGUCACGUUUCGUGACAGCGACGGCCUAACAUCGGAUACCAGAGUUCGACUGUCUGCUCUCGACGUACGGGAAAAAGUUUCGCAAACGGCUGCUCCUCUCGGACAAGCAAUAAUUACAUUGUCUUCUAUACAAGAAUCCCAAAAAUUAAGGAUACCUCUUAGGUUAUCAUCCGCUGGUACCACGGUCGGAUUUUUAACAAUGGUCGUGUGGAAUCUUGAAGUGGAAGAACGUGGCAGUACAGAAUCAACGCCGAGUAGACCACCUCCGAUUUGUAAUAAUCCUUCGGAUUUGGGUCAUCGCCGUUCUCAAUCUCUUCCACCUCGGCUCAACACCAACAUGAAAUAUCCAUGCCAAGGCCCUCUGACUCUUUUUUUUGCCAAUCCAGUUAUUUGUACUUAUAGGUUUCAUUCUGGAUUGGGGGGAGACAUAAGCGUUCACGAAGUAAUGGCGGAAAGCAAACUUUGUUUUUUAUUUCCGCAACAACUUUUAGAUGUUUGGAUUCAAGAAGAAAAAGAACUUUUACAAGAAGUUUCUGGAAUGGGUGAAUUACGCGAGCCUUGGCAUUCACGUCAAAUCGAAUUAUUAGACCGACAUCUUCAAUUACUUCACUUAUACUCUCAAGCCAAAGAAAAUUUACAAUCACAUAAAGGAGGUUACUUUAAACCGAGCUCAAGAAAAAGCGAUCUCUCAUUGGAGUUUGCACCGACGAAUCUUCACCUUCAAAGAAUGUGGGCACAAAAUGAUUCUUUGAAAAAAUGUGGGUUUUAUGACGUCAUAACCGUUGGAGCUUUUGCCGCGCACUCGCACAAAUCCAAAAAUGGAGGAUUGAUUAAUCUUAAAGAAUCGCCGGCGAAGGGAGUAGACACACCGGGAAAUACGAAAACAAUGAUGGCCAACGAUGCGGUUCAAGCUAUAAAACAAUUAAGGCGAGAGGUUGUCGAUGGAAUGAAAGCCCUCAUGAGGUUGGCAAGAGAGAAACAAACGGCCGGAAUGUUACCCAUCUGUGAUGAAAUGAUAGCUAAAACGAGAACACUUUUAAGUCUUUGGGACUCGGGUUUGGUCGAAGAGGCGUUGACAUUUUUCGAAGAAAAUAAAGUUAUUAACGUUGAAGACGGGUAUCAUUUGAAAGAUGAUUCGUUGUUUCCGCAAACUGUGAGAAUCACCGAACAAUUGAAAUUAGAAUUUAAAUCACCGGAAGCCGACGAUUUGGUCACUCCGGACAGUCCGUGCAAUCAAUGGUGUUCGAAUGAUUCUUCCGAGUAUCGGAAUAAUUUGAUAAAAAACGAAGUCAAUAAUUUUAACACCUAUCAAAAAAAUCACUUGCAAGAUUUUCACGUGUCUUCCGAACGGAAAACCGAACGGGAUUUCGACGAAAUAUUGACGACGUUAUCGAAUGAUGAAGCCAAAGAAAAUGUGAAGAUUGAAAAAGAAAUGUCUAAUUUAUCAAAAGUGGAUUCAAAUAAAAAUCGCGAAAUGAAUAAUAGUAAAAAAAUUGAAAAUAAUACAAACGAAAGUAAUAAUAUUAAUAAUAUUAAUAAUAUUAAUAACAUUAAUAAUAAUAGUAAUAAUAAUAAUAACAACAGUAAUCAUAAUAAUUAUAAUAAUAAAAAUAAUAAUAAUAAUAAUAAUAAUAAAAAUGGUGACGAAGUUAAUCGACGAUUUUUAGAUACUCAAGUUAUGUGCAGUUCUCCUUCUGCUAAUUAUUACAAGCCAACGGACGAACCAGAGCCAUGGGAUUUAACUCAACUUAAUAUAGAAGCUAGUGUUAUGUAUUUAGUUAGUAUGGUGAAAUUUCUUUGCGGACGUUGCGGGAGUCCCGCCGUCAGACUCAAAUCACAAAAAGUCAAUAAUUGCAAAACUAUGAGGUCUCUUAAAUUUAAUAUAAGCAAUAUGCAAAACGGAAACGAUAAAAGAAUGCUCGCUCACGGAAUAGCCACGUCUGAUUUUCGAGAGAGCAAAAACGGAAAUGAGGAUGCAACUUCCGAUACCGUUAGUGGCAAAACGAUCGAGUCGAAAUCUAAAAACGUGAAUGGUGGUUCCGGUUUACCUCUCAAAAACGGUUCGUCAAUUAGGAAUAAAUUCACAGAAGACUGGACGUGCGAAUUGAGGCCGAGUAUGAAAAAAUUAAGGCAAGCUAUGGAUGGACUGUUGAAAACGGCUCGAUUGACUCACUCCAUAUUUCGCGUACAAGAAGAUAAAAGAUCCGUUUUAAGGUUUUGCAACGUUCGAUACCGACGUGACGUUUGUUUUUCUCAAGCUUUAACAGCACUAGUCACUGGAAUCAUGGCCAAAUUAUGGUGCCAAAAACCAGAUCCUACUUUUUUACUCGUAUUGUCAUCGUUGGGACCCUUGGUUUCGUUCGAAGGUUUACUCAGUUAUCACGGUGACGAAAUCGACAUGUGGGGUGACAUGACGGUUGCCAUCGAAGAUCUUUCAACUGUUAAAUUUAUACUCGUUCGACAUUUUACAAAAUCAAAAGUACCUGAUGAAAUACCCGUUCCGAGAGUUGUUGGAACUCGAUCGGCACUCACGGUUUUAUUACCCGUACCCGAUACCGUAUACUCUAUGGUUCCGUUAAAAUACGAUCAACAUUCGAGCGUUUCUUUUCACGUGACUCCGGUUUUUUUCAACGUCGGAAUCAACGAAAUGGCAACACUGGCCGAAUCGUUGGGAAAUAAUAAACAACAGGAUAAAAGCAACGUUGAUAAUUUCGAAAGAUUAAAUUUAUAUUAUCAUAGAUUUAAGAAAUUAGAUAUUCAUUUUGAAAAACGUUUGGCACCCGGAAGCACAUUACCGGAAAUGAUAGAAACUCUUCGCACAACGGUUCACUCAAAACAAAGUAAAAACGUACAAAUAUUACAUUUGUCAGCCCGGAUUUGUCGUAAAGUCAAAGGAUUGAGAUUUACCAGUUGUAAAAGUGCUAAAGAUAGAACUGGAAUGUCUGUCACAUUAGAACAAGCUAAUAUAUUAGUAUCCGAGUAUGAUUUAGCCGAACACGAAUUUCAAAGUUCGCUCGAUUGCAUGAGAAGCGAGGGUUGCAGACGAGAAAAUACGGUUAAAAAUACUGGAGUUAGAAAAUACGCGAUAAAUAGUUUACAAAAUUUGGCUUUACCACGAUUGUACCGACCACCAACGGGUACCUACGGAUCCAAUGCUACUUAA